AUGGUGCGGAUAGUUCCGUUAGCAGCCGUACUGCUUACGCUGGCAGUGCUAGCCAACGCCAGAAUACUGCCUAACCGAAGCAAACAAGUGAAAGUGUACAGCUACGUGCUGCCGGCCGGAGCGGAGGAGAUACGUGAUGAUAUUAAUCACUCGUUUGCGUGCGCUAACCGUACCGAUGGGUUCUACGUUGAUAUCGACAACGACUGCCAGAUAUUCCAUCGUUGCCAAGACAACGCUCGGUUCAGCUUCAUCUGCGCCGAACGAACCGUGUUCAGCCAGAUGUACCAAACGUGCGUCCACGAUGGCCAGCUCGGUUAUCCGUGCGAGGAUUCCGCACAGUAUUAUCCCGAUGGUGAAGGCUAUGAACCAUCGGCAGCCGAAACGGGACCAGCAGAAGAAGCUUCCCAACCGGAAGAAAUGCUGCCUGAACGACAGGCAGCACCCUCGCAGGAGCUAGAAGCACCACAAACUCCUACGAAAAUGGACGACGCCGUCGUGCAAACUGCUGAUGAUACUCCUGUUGAGAAUGUUCAAAGCAUUGCGGAACCAUCCCAACCAGCCGUGGCGGUCGAGGAUAUGCAAAAUGAUCUGGAGCUGCAGGAAGAUCAUCAUCAUAACCAUCAAGACCAAGUGAACGCAGAUCUGUUUGAUUCGGUUGAGGAAGAGAGCGAUAAGUCUUCUGAAAACUCUGCUCAAGAGGUGAUGGACGAAGAAGAACCAUCGGCUACUGCCGAUGCUGCAGGAUCUGAGAGCUCUAACGCGGUCACGCAGCAGCAGGAGGAGUCAAAUGAGAUGGAAAUAACCGAAGAUCAAGAUCAACCGGCAACAGCCGCCCCCACGUCUGCUUCCGAUCAUGUCAUCUCUGACGCUACUGCACAGGUAGAGAUCGUUAACGAACAAUCUCCCGAUGAAAUGCCCAGUCAAAGUACUCCAGCUGACGAGACAAAUGGAGAUCGUGAAGCUCAGUACGAAGGAGACUCGCUAUUGAACGCCGUUCAGAUGGUGGAAGAACUAGAACCGAUCGUGCAUGAUCUAGCUGUGGCUGGUGAAGAGCUCCAACCACUUGUCGCCGAAAUGGUGCAAGACCCCGCUCCGGUCAACCUCGAUGUAGCAAGCCAUGAAGACAACGAGGUCCUGCCCGAAUCAAGCGCUGGAACGUCCGAUAUGGAAGUGGCUCCAUCGUCCGCGUCAUCGUCCAGCGAAGGUGACGAAAGCUCGAGCGGGGAAGAAGAAAGUGAUCAGCAGGUGAACGAACUGGCCCCGGAGUCGGAGGUGAACGCCGCUAGUCUAGUACCUACCGCUGAUGAAUCAUCGUCGGAAACGAUCGUCAGUGGUGAUAGUGAAGCAGACGAAGCCCUGCACCAGCACACUUCCGAACCGGAAACCGCUGACGUCAAGCCGGAAGACACCGAGGCAGACUUGAGUGUGGAUGAGCCGGCUUCAACUUCCACCGGCGAACAGCGGCCACUUGAGAGUCCCGCCAUUGUCGAAGAGAUGACGGCACUACGACCGAACGAUAGCGCCGAGCUGCCGGAGCUGAUCGUAUCGACAGAGUUCCACCUGGACGUUGCUACUCAGGGGCCAGCGAUUCGGCGAAGGAAAACCUUCCUUUUCCGAGCCGACGCCAUCGGGAAAAGGCCAUGA